CCUAGUUACAAAUUUUGAAAUGAUAUCUUCUCAAAAAUGUAGAAAUAUUUGUUAUAAAAAGAUUCAUUUUGUAUCUAAUAAUAUAUAAACAUUAAUUUUGGAAUAUAUAUAUAUAUAUUAUAAUUUCCCUAAACUUGUUUGGUAAAUUAAUAAAAUUAUAAUUUAAUAAAAUAAAAGUUUAAUAGGACAAUAACCAGUUGGUUAGAGCGGAAAUUAACUUAGUUUGUCUUUAAUGAACCCAACGACCAACUUUCUCAAAACUACAAUUUAAGUUGUUAAUUAAUGUGUGAGUGAGAUGAUGUAACUAUGUUCAAUUUACGUUACCGAAAAUUCAAAUUUACAAAUAUACAUUCUUGGCCAAAUUUAGAUUAGUCUUUUGUUAGUCUUUACUAAAAUAAAAACUACGUACUAACCAAAUAAAACCAACUCUCUUUCAUCUUCCACAUCUCUCUUUCUCUCAUUUUGGUCUCCAUUGACGUAAGGAGAUCAAGAAAAAGCUAUGAGUCUAAAUUGCCUAUCAUGUCAAGCUCUUUCACGAACCGAUUCAAACAAAGAAUUUGAUCUCUCUGGUCGCGGACCAUCAACGGUCGAAAGUAACCCUGUCUUAGGUAAAAGUAAAACUUAUUGUGCUGAUCAGGUUGGUGGGAGAAAUUGGUCAGGUAAUUUGAAUGCUAGGAUCUCUGAGAAAAUUGGAAGAUCAGGAUCGUCUUUAGCGCAGAGAAUGAAGAAGGUGAAAAAGACUCCUCAUAUUAGGCUAAGUGGUCCGGUUGGUUCUAACUCUGGCAAUGGACUGCUUAGAACCGAACAGCCAACGCUUGUGAGAAGUAGUGGAAUGAGAAGGAAUUGGAGUUUUGAGAAUCUGAGAGAUCAAGGGUUGAUAGAAGAGAAGAGCAAGGCUAACAUAUGAUCAUCAAUGAUUUAUUAUGAUUCUGAGAUUUUAUGGAAGAUAAAAACUGGUUAUAUGUAGUUUUGAAUCCAGAUUCAUGGUUAUAUAAAUCAUGAUAGAAUAUGUGAGAUAUAAAAUAGUAUUAUUUUGAUGAAAAUCAUGUGUUUGUUUAUUAUUUAUGUUCUCUUUCAAUAUUAUAUUAUUUUGUUGUAAUAUAUUUUUGAAUAAAAAAUCGUUUUCCAUUUUACUGCGUGUGUGUGUAUGUUCAAUCUAUUACAUAUGAUCACGAUGUGUAUGUAUGUUACUGAUUGUGUUAGAUACUAGUAUGUCACAGUCCAGAUAUAAAUCUGCAUGUUCCACAUUAUUGACAAAAAAUAUACUUGAUAAUUGACAUAUAUGAACAAACAUAAAAAUCUUUGUCGUUACGAAACAAUUUAUAAAUCUCUAUUUGCCUUACGUAUAACGUUUAUUACAAAUAACUAGAUUCUUUUUCCGCGCUACGCGCGGAUUACAUGGUUCAAAUUUGUUAAUUUACUAAAUUUUCCACUAUAUUUACAAUAUUAUUAAUUGUUUAUAUAACAUUUUAAAACACAAUAAUUUUAUAGUUCACCUGCAAUAAUUUAUUUUAUUUGUUUUAAAUUUUUAGUGAAAGCAUAUUUUAAAUCAUGUGAUACAAAAUUCUAAAUUGAAAAAUUUUAUUGGUGAAAAAUCAAUUUUUAAAGAUAUUAUAUUAAAUUAAAUCACAGAUUAAUACAAAACUAUACAUGUGUUAAGUUGUAAUUACAAAAUUAGUUAGAUAUUUUAAAAGUUUAUUUUAGUGAAAAUGAAAUAUUAAUUUAAUUUUAAAAUAAACACGACAUUAACUAAAUAUUUAAAAGUUUUGUUUAAGUGAAAAAUGAAAUAUAAAUUUAUUUUAAAUAAAUUUGAAGUUACUUAAAAUAUUUAAAAUAUUUAUUUUAAUGAAAAAUGAAAUAUAUAUAUUUUAUAGUAAAAAAAGAUAUGAAAAUAUUUUAUUCAGAUAUAAUUUCAGAGUAAAUAUAUGAAUAUCUACUUGAUUUUUUGUUUUAGAAUAAUUCAAAUAAUUUAAAUAUUCAUAAAAAAGUAAUUUUAACAACUUUUUAAAAAAUGGUCCAAAUUAAAAAAUCACACAUGAAUUAAAGUCAUCAAUUCUGUUUUAGUAGAAUAGAUUUAUUAGAUUUUUUUAUGGUUCGGGGCUGUUGCCAAAUCAGUGUUCAUUAAUUUGUUUAUCAUAUUUUUUUAACUCUUAGUUUUAUUUUUAGUUCAUAUUAGCCAAUUUUUUGUAACAAAGUUUUUAUUAGCCAAUUUAUGUACAGUUAUUGUAAUUUUAAUAUGUUUCUUGCAACUCAUAUUCAUUAAGUAAUUAUCUUACCUAGAAAGAUUUUCUUGUUAGAAAAUAAGUUAUUAAAUUAUUUUUAUAAAAAUAUUUUAGCCAAUUAAGAAUUUUUUAUUUCUUUUAGCUGUUAAUAAGAAUCGGUAGGCCAUAUAUUUAGAAAAUAAAUCCAUCAAAAAUACUAUUUUGAUAAAAACUCAUUUACAAAUGUAAAGAGAUUUGCGUACUCUGAUAAUAAUACAAACUUUAACUCUUCUUCAACACGCCUCGACUGGGUUUCGUGCAGUUGAGUUGGAGUUUGUCCAAACAUAGUUGCGGUGGGUAUUUUCAUAUAGGUUUGGAGAAUACUUGCGCUUUGUAAGUGGCCAAAAGGUUAUAUAGAUGGAGAUGGGGAAGUUGAAGAGAGUCGUCAGGUUGGGGUUUUUGAUCUGAUUAAGGUGUUAAUGGCUCUGAACGGUGGAGGAAGUGUCUCUAUCUAGUCGAAAUUUUGAAAGACGGUCGUAUGAAUUAUUUAAUGGUGUAAUGUGAUUUGCCUUAACUAUUUUAAGCGUAUAUGAAUUGUGUAGGUUAGGGUUAACGAAGAGGGAGGAAUAUGAUAUGCUAUUGGCUGGAAUGAUACAUGGAAUUAGUGUAAAGGUUUUCGAGGCCCAUCAAUUUUUCAUUAAAAAAUUCAUGAUGACAUGGCUAAAUGAUUGGUUCUAAAUAUUUUAUCAUAUGUGGCAUGCCUAAGAAUGCUUGAAAUUAGUUGCUUUUAUAUAGUAGUGACUAGGUCCUUGUCCGCGCUACGCGCAUAUAGUAUUUUUGAUUUUUUUCAUAUUUUUGUACUAUUAUGUCAAUUGUUUAGUUUUAUAAAAUGUUAUGUUUUUACUGUAAAUUUGGAAUUAAAAAUCUAAUUUUCCCUUACUGUAAAAGUAAGUUUUUUUUUUUAAUCUUACCACAACACAUUAUACCAUAAGAGAAUAUAGUUGGUCUUUAUAUUCUUAUUUGGUGUAAUAUUGAAAAUUUUGAUGGUUUGUUUAAAUGGUUUUUUUUUAAUUAUAUAUUUUAGGAUUGAUUUCGUGACAAUAUUCUAUAAUUGUCUAAAAAAAAUUGUUUGUCACAUAUAGACAUCCACAUAAAUAUGGACUUCUGAUAUAUUUGUUCAUUGGGAUAUUUAGUUUCACUUUCAACUUUAUUCUCUUUUUUGGCACUCUCAUGCUAGCUUGUGGGGCUAGCCAACUUGGUGCAAAAGGGUUUAAAAAAGCUAAUCGAGAUGCGCGUGAUCGGACACCUUUUGCUAGGCUAUUCGUACGGAAUUUUAAAGAUCUAGGAAUAUAAGCAAUAGAAAGUUCAGAAAAUUC